AUGUGCAACAGCGCCAAGCAGAGUACUUCCAUUUCGGACGAGUUCAUCCAGCCAUAUUUUGAAACCGUCCUUUCCCACUCAGCUGGCGAACUCAAAGAGAAGAUCUCAAGGAGCGAGACCUUUCUCGAUGCCCUAGCCAGCUUCACCCGUGAUCCCCGCGUCCUCCGUGACCAACUCAUCGCUGUCCUCCUCGCAGGUCGCGACACAACAGCCGCAACGCUAUUCUUUUGCAUCUUCGAGCUCUCUCGCAACCCAAAAGUCGUAGCGAAGUUGCGCGACGAGAUCCACAACAGACUCGGCGUCGGUGCCAAGGCCCAGAAACCCAGCUACACCGAUCUCAAAGAAAUGAAGUACCUCAACGCAAUGCUGCAUGAGACGAUGCGUUUAUAUCCAGUUGUGCCAUUCAAAGUGCGCUACUCUCUACGCGAUACGACGCUUCCACGUGGUGGUGGAGUGGACGGGCUAGCGCCUGUGGGAGUUCGCGCAAACUCGCGCAUUUUCUACUCGACGAUGUUGAUGCAGCGGGAUCCUGACUUGUAUGAUGGCCCGGGAUCGGAGAACUAUUUCGAACCUGGGGAUGCGCUGCCAGUUGGUGGGAAAGGCAAAGUUGAAGAUCCAGUGCUUCACUUUGAAGUUACCCUCAGUCCUGGCUCUGAGCUGAAUUGCGUUUUCCUGAAGGAGGGCGAAGAGGCUGCGCACAGUGCUGCCACGACGGGUGUUGCUUGA